UCAGCCCGGGGUCCUCUACCACUGGAAGGGGGCACCGCCGGAGGCCUCCCUCCGAAGCCUCCGCCGGAUGGAGGGUUUGUAGAGGAAGCGCAGCGAUGAGAAGAUGGAGGCUGGGAAGCGGUAAAGACUCAGAAGGAAGGAUGGGCUCCAGGGUCCACCUGACCUAAAGUCAUCCGUCUAAAAACUUUCAGUGACGAGGGGAGAGCCAAGACGUGAUGUGCUCAUAGAGACCACCAUGGAGGGAGACAACAGCCCCGACCUGCAGCUCCAGCAGCUGCCGCCCACAAGCGUGGCUGUGUCCGUGAAUGAAGUGUCUUUCUCUUACAAGGAAAAUUUGAUUGGCGCACUGCUGGCUAUUUUUGGACAUCUCGUCGUCAGCAUAGCCCUCAAUCUCCAGAAAUAUAGCCACAUCCGACUUGCAGGCUCUAAGGACCCCCGUGCCUACUUCAAGACCAAAACAUGGUGGCUCGGCCUGUUCCUGAUGCUUCUGGGAGAACUGGGAGUGUUCUCAUCCUACGCUUUUGCACCUCUCUCUCUGAUCGUACCCCUCAGUGCUGUCUCUGUCAUCGCCAGUGCCAUAAUAGGAAUCAUAUUCAUCAAGGAAAAAUGGAAACCCAAAGAUUUUCUGAGGCGUUAUGUUUUGUCUUUUGUAGGCUGUGGCCUGGCCAUCAUAGGCACUUACCUGCUCGUCACUUUUGGGCCCAACAGUCAUGAAAAGAUGACAGGAGAAAACAUCACCAAACACUUAGUGAGCUGGCCCUUUCUCUUAUAUAUGCUUGUGGAGAUCAUUGUAUUCUGCUUACUGCUGUAUUUCUACAAGGAGAAAAAUGUCAACUACAUCGUCGUCAUCCUCCUCCUCGUUGCUCUGCUUGGUUCCAUGACGGUGGUGACGGUCAAGGCUGUGGCAGGAAUGCUCGUGUUAUCGAUCCAAGGGAACCUCCAGCUGGAUUACCCCAUCUUCUAUGUGAUGUUGGUGUGCAUGGUUGCCACUGCUGUCUACCAAGCUGCCUUCUUAAGCCAGGCCACCCAGCUCUAUGACUCUUCCCUGAUCGCCAGUGUGGGCUACAUUCUGUCUACAACCAUCGCAAUCACAGCAGGAGCAACAUUUUACUUGGAUUUCAUUGGUGAGGAUGCCCUCCACAUAUGUAUGUUUGCACUUGGCUGCCUCAUUGCCUUCUUGGGAGUAUUCUUAAUCACAAGGAACAGAAAGAAGGCCAUUCCAUUUGAACCCUACAUUUCCAUGGACGCCAUGCCAGGUAUGCAGAAUAUACACGACAAAGGAAUGACGGUCCAGCCCGAACUCAAAGCUUCCUUUUCCUACGGCGCCCUGGAGAACAACGACAACGUUUCUGAAAUCUACACGCCCGCCACGCUGCCCGUCAUGCAGGAGGAACACGGCUCCAGAGCCGGCUCGGCGGCUCCUUACCGAGUCCUAGAGCACACAAAGAGAGAAUGAGUAAGGCCUUGGAAAAAACCGAUCAUCCAGCCCCGAACUCGGGACGGCUUUGUUUAUUUAUUACCUGGGCUUUCUAGUCUGUCCGGGCUGAGCGGGUCACGACUUCAAACUUUGGGCUUAAAUUUGCUUUCCUAAGUGGUUUUUUUUUCUGUUUGUUUCUUUUUAUAAAGAAUUCAGCAGAGCCGGGAACUCAGACGUCAUUUGUCUUAAACCAACGGCAGAUUGUAUUGGUCUUCUGAGUUUGAACUGUUGCAUAGGAAAAAAAGCAAAAAAAGCAAAAACAAAACAAAACACAGUAUUUUGGGAAUGCAAUAAGGAACACAUCAGCUGUGUGUGUGGGGUUGUUGUUUUUUUUUUUCCUUCUGGGAUCUCGCAUCUCACACAAUGGUUACAUACCUGUCUAAAUAAAUAGUGAAAGAUGA